GACAGAGAGGGGGAACCUGAGAGAGAGGAACCUCUGACGGGUCGAGCGAAGUUUUCGCUUCUUUUCGGCUAUCCUCACGCCAAUAAGUUUGUUUACUUAGCCAUCCUGAAUCCUGCAAACAAGACAUUUAACGUGUGUUGAUCGUCAAACCAAAAGCCUCGUUUGUUUCAGAUUAGCUGGGGCUAUUUGCUGAUCCGAGGAAUCGGAGGGCUACAGCGUGGAGUUUUAACACUUGAAAGCAUUGUGGUGGAAGCUGCUGCUCCUCCGUGGAGGCUACCCUUUUUCGAGGGGUGCAGUUUGUCUAGCCAAGGCUAAAUUACGUUUUGAUAGUUGUUUUCGUCUAUCACGCCGGAGCAGACGGCUUUUUGCGGAUUUAUAUGAACGUCGAUUCAUACUGAAGGGAAACUCGUCGCGGUUUUCCUGUACGCGUGCUCUAGAGGGGAUCUUGGAAUGUAUUCAUUUUCCCAUUCGCAUUUCUUCAAGGGCGAACUUCUGGUGAUAGAACGAAGAGGGAGAAGACUUGGCAGUGCAUGAAACACAGCGACCUGUGGAUUAAAGCCAGCUCGGCCAACCCUUCUUGGGUCAAUAUUUGUGUCCAGCAGGACAGUGUUGUUGUGGAACCAGGACAUAAUUCUAUGUGGUUGAUCAAUUAGAUCGUCACAUUGCAUCAUUAGACGUGAAGAUAGUAGACAAUAUUUAACUGUCCAAUUUUAUUUCAACUGGAAUUUUCUAACUGGUACCUCAUCAUUCAUGGUAUUAGCAGCUCCCAAAUAGUACCCCUUUGGGUACCUCCUUACUAGCGGUGUGGGAUUUCUUUUCGAAACGAGGGACUUCGGGAACUUAAGCCGAUGUGGAAUAUGCCCAAUGACUAUUUACAAUGAAGAUUUUCGUUUGCAUAUUUUUGGUCAGAACCCAAGAUCACGUCAUUUAGGCUAAUGUUCAAUUCAUUUUGGGGCGCAGAACAAAGUUGGACAACUAGACGUUUUGGAUUUACAAUCAACCACGUUGGACCCCUGGUCCUCCGGGGGACUUUGUAAAGUUUUGAAUAGCCUAUAUAUUUUUUUCUAAGUGAUAUCUAUAUAUAUAUUUUUCACUUUUAUCUUUUUGAUAUCUUUGUCAACUGAGACGCUGAUCAUUAUAUUAGGCUAACUAAUAGCCUAUCCUGCACGGAUUUUGAGUUCAGAAAAGCAGUUUUACCGUCACGAUGCGUCUGGAAAUGUCAGCGGUCAUUUUGGUAACUUUUGUCUACGUCUUGAGCCACUGUGGGUCAAUACAUGGAGAGAUCUGUCCCAGCAUCGAUAUCCGGAACAAUGCAGCCAACCUGACCCUGCUAGAGAACUGCACGGUGAUCGAGGGGCACCUGAAGAUACUGCUCAUGUUCAAGACUAAGGCGGAGGACUUCGCGGCCUGACCUUCCCCCGGCUGACCGUCAUCACCGACUACCUGCUCCUCUUUCGCGUCUACGGCCUGGAGACCCUGAGUGACCUCUUCCCCAACUUGACGGUCAUCCGGGGCAACAACCUCUUCUUCAACUACGCACUGGUCAUGUUCGAGAUGCUCCAGCUGAAGGAGAUUGGCCUGUACAGCCUGAUGAACGUGACCCGUGGUGCCGUGCGGCUGGAGAAACCCGACCUCUGUUACCUGUCCACGCUGGACUGGUCCAAGGUGCUGGACUCGGUGGAGGACAACUACAUUGUGUCCAACAAGGACAAACGUGAGUGUGGCGACGUGUGUCCCGGCACGGCCGGCGGCAAGAAACACUGUUCGCCGACCACCAUCAACGACCACUUUGGCGAGCGCUGCUGGAACCAGGAAAACUGCCAGAGAAUGUGCCCAGCGGUCUGCAAGAACCACGCCUGCACGCUCAAAGGCGAUUGCUGCCACGAGCAGUGCCUGGGCGGCUGCUCCGAGUCUGGCAACGCCAGCGCCUGCGUGGCCUGCCGGCACCUGAUGCACGAGGGCACCUGCGUGGAUCGCUGCCCGCAGGGCUACUACACCUUCAAAGACUGGCGCUGCGUCUCCUUCAAGUACUGCCAGGAGCUGCACAACGCGUGUCGGCAGCGCAAGGAGAAGGAGAAGGAGAAGGAGCACGACUGCCACGAGUACGUCAUCCACAACGGCGCCUGCGUCCCCGAGUGCCCGUCCGGAUACACCACCAUGAACUCCGCCGCGCUGACCUGUACGCCCUGUUCCGGACUGUGCCCCAAGCUGUGUGUUGGAGACAAGAUCGUGGACUCGGUCAUGGCCGCUCAGGAGCUCCGCGGCUGCACCGUGCUCAACGGCAGCCUGACCAUCAAGAUCCGCGGUGGCACCAACAUUGCAGCUGAGCUGGAGGCCAGUCUCGGUCAGCUGGAGGAGAUCAAUGGCUUCCUGACAGUGCGUCGUGCCUAUGCCCUCAUCUCGCUGUCCUUCCUCCGGAAGCUGCGCCUGAUCCGUGGGGAGGCUAAAGAGUCCGGCUCCUUCUCCUUCUACGCCUUGGACAACCAGAACCUGCGGCAGUUGUGGGACUGGUCCAAUCACAAUCUGACCAUUCUGCAAGGCUCCAUGUUUUUCCACUACAACUCCAAGCUGUGCAUAGCCGAGAUCCGCAAGAUGGAGGAGGUGACGGGCACCAAGUAUAGCAAGAACCAGAUAGCCCCGCGCACCAAUGGCGACCAGGCUUCAUGUCAGAACGAGGUUCUCAACUUCACCCAGGUCCGCGCCCACCACGACAAGAUCAUGAUCAAGUGGCAGGCCUUCUGGCCCACGGACUUCAGGGACCUGCUGGGGUUCAUGGUCCUGUACAAGGAGGCGCCAUAUCAGAAUGUGACGGAGUUUGACGGGCAGGACGCGUGCGGCUCCAACAGUUGGGUGAUCGCAGACGUCGAGCCCCCGCAGCGCUCCUCGUCCCCCGCCGAGGCCGGCCACCUCCUCUACCCGCUCAAGCCCUGGACGCAGUACGCCAUCAUGGUCAAGACGCAGCUGUCCGCCUCUGACGACCUGGAGGUGCGCGGUGCCAAGAGUGCCAUAAUCUACGUAACCACCAACGCCACCCGUCCAUCGGUGCCUCUGGACCCCAUCUCCUCCUCCAACUCGUCGUCUCAGAUCAUCUUGAAGUGGAAGCCGCCCACCGAGCCCAACGGGAACAUCACCCACUACCUGGUGUUCUGCCAGAAGCAGCAGGAGGAUAAGGAGCUCUACAGGCUGGACUACUGUCUCAAAGGCAUGAAGGUGCCGUCGCGCAAGGCGGCGCAGAACGAAAACGGCGACAAGCCGCAGACGAACCAGACGGAGGAGCAGGGCCAGCCGGGCCACUGCUGCGCCUGCCCCAAGACGGACGCACAGCUCAAGAAGGAGGCCGAGGAGUCCGAGUACCGCAAGACCUUCGAGAACUACCUCCACAACGUGGUGUUCGAGAUCAGGCCAUCCAGACGCCGACGCUCUGUGGGCGUGGCCAACGCCACAAUGGCUAGCUUCCUCACCAAGCCCCCCGCCAGCCUGCUCCCGCCCGAGAACGGCUCGACAACGAGGGGCGACCCCGAGGACAAGGAGCCCGGCCAGCGGCUGGUGCUCAACGUCUCGAAGGAGUCGGCCGUCAUCUCUGGCCUGCAGCACUUCACCAGCUACCAGAUCGAGAUCCACGCCUGCAAUCACCCCACCGAAGUUAAGCGCUGCAGCUUGGCCACUUUAGUCAACGCCCGCACCAUGCCUGAACCAAAAGCUGAUGAUAUCACUGGUCCGGUGACCUACGAUAUGCUGCCAGAUGAACCUGAGUUGGUGUACAUCCGAUGGGAGGAGCCGAAAGCCCCAAACGCUGUCAUCAUCCUUUACGAAGUCAGCUACAAGAGGCUCUCGGACACCGAAGAUACGACUCCCAAAUGUGUGUCUCGGACCACCUAUGACAAGCUGAAAGGCUUUAAGCUGCGCGUGGUACACCCAGGAAACUACAGCGUGCGCAUCCGUGCCACCUCUCUGGCCGGCAACGGCUCCUGGACGGACUACACCUACUUCUUUGUGCCGGACAGAGACUUGAGCAUGAAGGUCAUCAUCGCUCCCGUGGUCUGCUUCGUCUUUCUGCUGUGCAUCGGAGGCACAGUGUUCGUCAUGUUCAAGAAGAAGCAAAUUGAAGGCCCCAGUGGCCCUCUCAUAGCCUCUUCCAACCCAGAGUACAUCAGCGCCAAUGAUGUCUAUGUUCCGGAUGACUGGGAAGUUCCGCGGGAGAAGAUCACAGUGCUGCGGGAACUUGGGCAGGGUUCCUUCGGCAUGGUCUACGAAGGCAUCGCCAAGGACAUCGUCAAGGGAGAACCGGACACCCGCGUGGCCGUGAAGACGGUCAACGAGUCGGCCAGCCUGCGUGAGAGAAUCGAGUUCCUUAACGAGGCCUCGGUGAUGAAGGCUUUCAGCUGCCACCAUGUGGUCCGUCUGCUGGGGGUGGUGUCCAAGGGUCAGCCCACGCUGGUCGUCAUGGAGCUGAUGACUCACGGCGAUCUGAAGAGCUACCUGCGCUCUCUGAGACCAGACGCUGAGAAUAACCCAGGGCGCCCGCCACCUACUAUAAAGGAGGUGAUUCAGUUGGCGGGCGAGAUAGCUGACGGCAUGGCCUACCUCAACGCCAAGAAGUUUGUCCACAGAGACCUGGCAGCCAGAAAUUGCAUGGUGGCUGAGGAUUACACAGUGAAAAUUGGAGACUUUGGCAUGACCAGAGACAUCUAUGAGACUGAUUAUUACCGGAAAGGUGGGAAGGGUCUGUUGCCCGUCAGGUGGAUGGCCCCAGAGUCCCUGAAAGACGGAGUCUUCACCGCCCGAUCAGACUGCUGGUCUUUCGGGGUGGUGUUAUGGGAGGUUAGCACGCUAGCUGAGCAGCCCUACCAAGGGCUCUCCAAUGAGCAGGUGCUGAAGUUCGUCAUGGACGGGGGAUACCUGGACCGACCAGAUAACUGCCCAGAGAGAAUACACAACCUGAUGCAGAUGUGUUGGCAGUACAACCCGCAGAUGCGGCCCAGCUUCCAGGAGAUCAUCGACAUGAUCAAGGACGACCUGCACCCCUCCUUCCAGGAGCUAUCCUUCUUCUACAGCGAGGAUAACAAGCCACCGGAGACCGAGGAGUUUGACAUGGACUUCGAGAACAUGGAGAGCAUCCCGCUGGACCCGUCGUCCUACUCGCAGCGCGAGGACAACCUAAGCAGAGACAAUGGCCCCUCGGUGGGUCUGCGGGGCAGCUACGACGAGCACGUGCCCUACACGCACAUGAACGGGGGCAAGAAAAAUGGAAGAAUCCUUUCGUUGCCCAGAUCGAGCCCAUCCUAACGUUUUCUGAUUGACUAUUUUGUCUAGUUCGCUCUCUCUCUCUCUCUUCCUCUUCCUCUUCCUUUCUCUUCUUUCCUGUCCUCUCACCUGUCCCUCGUUUUUCUAAUAAUUAUUAUUUUUUAUGAUUUACAAUACGUUAUGCAGAUGCCCUUCAAAACAAAAACACAGAUCUCAGGACUUUUUUUUUUCCUUUUUCUCCUUCAUCGCUACCACGUGCAUGCACACCUUUAACUAAGAACCAUUCAUGCGGAUCAUCUACAACUUUCCUUGGCUUUCGAUUAUUUUUGUCUCACUCUUUUGCCAAGUUUCCAAGACUGGUCAGUGGGGGGAAAACUAAAGACAGACAAGACAAAGCGAACUGUGAACAGACACUACACAAACCAGAUGACUGCCUCGUGUUUGACCUCCUCGGACUUUCCCGUCUCUCCUCUGAGAAUUUUCUCGUUCACUUUCUUUACUGAAAUCUUUUCAUAUGGUGGCCUUUUUUUAUAUGUGGCCUAUAAUCAAAGAGAAGUGUCUAUCAGUGCUUGUAUUCAUUUCCUUUGAACAACUGAUUGAAGAGUUUGGAAUCUGUGGGGUAGUAGAGACUCUUAGAACAAACAUCCUAUUUGUAGAGGAAGCUUUUGUCCUGCAGAAUUCCAAACCUCACGCGGAUACAUGCGGUGUUUGUUGGUGAAAAAAAUAAUUAAUUUAUUUGCUUUAUUUUUGUUUCUCCUUUCAGUUUUGUUUCUGUGUCCUUGCAUUAUGGCUGAAGGAUAUUUAAACAGUUAAGAAUUUGACAAAAUAGUCCAUCAAACUGACCAAUAGCUGCUGCUUUGAUAUAUCAUAUAGUGGGUAUAGUGUAAACAUAUAAUAUAUAUGUGAUGUAUAAAAUAUUGACACAUCAGUAUUUUAUAUAUCUAGAUACAUGAUGUUGAUUUUUCUUUUCUAUAUUGUUAAUUUUUGUAUUACUUUCAUCAGAAGCUUUGCUCUUAAGAUAUUUUUUCAAUCAUCUGUUCAUUAUGUUAUGAAAAUGACUCUAACCCCCUGCAAAAAGUCAUACUAAUUCACCUACAGUGCUCUAAGUUGCCCACUAGGGUUGUUUUUGGCUAUUAUAAAUGCACGGGAGAGGCUAGGUGUUCGGAUUCAAAAAGAUGAUUCUUUCCUAGACUGCAUGCAACAAACUCUCAUAGUAACAAUUUGGCUUGUUGCUGUAACCGGUUUGCUGAUGGUGUUGAGGUCCAUAUUGUCAGAGAAUCACCCCCUUGUUAUUUGAAGUACGUUGUGUUUGAUGUCAGAAAUGUUUUGUUUUGUCUCUAGCUGAGACUGUAGUCUAUGGUUGUCCGUGUUGUUUUGUCUAAUUCCUAUAUUAUGUAACAACAUCGUAGACUGAUGUUGGGCUGUUGGGCGUCAUCAUCAAUGGGGGAGAAAUUAUUUGCUUUGAGUGCUUGUUUUGGCCGGAUGAUUUGAAAGCUUAGUCUGGACUUUUUUUCUGCUAAUGUGAAGUAUGCACACAUCUGCUUACCAUCGUAUCACUGAUGAUCCCCCAGCUCUGUAACUACCAUCUCUGAGAGCCAGAGGUUUCUUUGAUUGUGAGCAAUUGUCUGUAAGGAUAACCCCUCCUCUGAUCUUGGCAUAUCCACCCACUAGAUGAGGAAGAGGCAACUCUAAUUCUUCUCACUGCAGCGAAGAGGCCACCAAACUCUAGAAUCUGCCAUGCUCUUGGUCGUGUGGUUAAGAACGCUCUAGAUUUCCUGUCUAGCUGUACAUUGAGCAGUGAGCUCUUCAGGAUGGCGUGGUUGCAUAGGUGUGUGGGAGGCUGUUAGGGUGUUGCAGUGACACGAGGCAGGAGACUACGCUAUGUAGUUCAGGACUCCUCAUAGAAGCGGAGCUUGCUCUCAUUGAGGACAGACAUUCCUGGGUUGUAGUGUGUUGCCCAAUGUCACUGCCUCUCUUUCCCCUCAGGCAAUAUUGGGGGGUGAGUAGCAGAUGCUCUUAAGUCUCAGUUCUGGUCGUUUCUAGAUUCUGAGGGUCCUCAGCUUCAGGGGGUUGAUGGAGCUCCAUUCUGACAUUGAUCUGACAUGAGGUUGUUUUCCAUCACACUAGCUUAUAUUUGAAGAUACUAGACAAAUGAGUUCUGCCCCGCGUGUUUGUUUUCAGUGAAGGGUUCAGACAAUGUUGAUGUUAAUGUCAGAUGGUAAUUUUUUAGAUUGGGUGCUGAAGACAGGUUAAGUGAAAGAGGCAUUCUUUUAUGCCUGCCAGGGUUUCCAGCUGCCUUUGUGUAUGGUCCACCCUAAGUCCACAUGAGUGUCCACCCUUACAUCAGAUGUCCAGUAGUCGUGAAAACAUUCCUGCGCUUAAUCAGGCUCGUUGUUCUUAUGGGAGCUAUACACACUCACUCAUCAGACAGGCAGCACUCACACCUUGAACAGCAUCUGUGUGGAAGGGUCUCUGGCCCACGCAGGUGAUUAGCUGGUGUAUCAAACACAUAAUAAUGACCCCUCCAGGUGGAUCUCUCUCUGGACAAAGCAUGCCUUGGCCUCCAAGUUGUGCCUUCUGCAAGAGCCCAAGGUAGUGGCCACAAGACAGGGGGCAGUGGGUGAUGCCCAAGCUUAACUUGGUUAAUAUUUAUCCACAUCUGUGCACACUUGGCUUGGUGUACAUAGUGUGUUUGUGAGUGUAUAUAUUUAUGUGCGUAGAGCGGGGUUGGCGAGAUGUGAGGAGUCGGCCUCCAGUCUACUUCUGGAGCUGCAAGCAGGAGUGUGGGGACUGACAAGGACUUGCUGCUGUUAAACCAGCAUACUCAGUUUUUGUUUUUCAAGAUGUAAAUCUAAUUACCGGACUACAGUGCUUUACGAUAUCGUCACCACCCGCAUCAGUUUCCUUUUUUUUUCAUCGGCUAUUUUCCAGGUUUGUAAAUAAUAAAUAAGAUGUUUUAAGUUAAAGGAAAAAAGCUAAACAAUUACACCCACACAAUUUCGCACACACACUACCAUGACAAAAGACAGAUAUGUUUAGUUUGUCAUGGUUGUCAAGUUAAGUGUAUGUGCGAAUUUCUAAUUCAGAAGAUUAGCAUAUCUUUGAAAAGGCAGAUGAUAUUUUAUUUAUUUUUAUUAUAAUCAUUGUAUAAAACCCAGCUAGCUUUUUACUACAAGUUUUAAGAAUUAUUCAGUGUUGGGUAAAAUAGUGUUUUCUCUCCUGUUUAGUUUUUUUCCAUUGUUUGAAAAGAGAGUUACAGCUAGAGGGGGAGAAUGAGUUUGGUGUUGUGGUAAAUUCUUUUGUUGUUGUUAUUUUGAUCGGACGCAGUCUACCUCAGUAUGUAUGAAAUUUUAGUCAAGCCUUGCUUCUCUCGCUAGCUCUCUCUCUCUCUCUCUCUCUCUCUCUCUCUCUCUCUCUCUCUCUCUCUCUCUCUCUCUCUCUCUCUGUCUCUCUCACUUUCUCCCUCUCUCUAUCUCUCUUUCUCUCUCUCUCUUUCUCUCUGUCUCUCUCACUUUCUCCCUCUCUUUUAUCCCUCACGCUGUCCUCCUACCCAUCUCAGUGUUUUAACAUGGUCGUUUUGGCAGAUGUCAGACUUGUGAGUCUGUUCACCUGCUCUGAUCAUCCUAAAGAGGGCUUAUCACUGAUGACAUGAGAAACUGACAAAUUCAAAGAUGAUAACGCGUCUCUCGCAGAACUCUGCAAUCUAAUCUCAAAUUGGCUCUCCCUGUUUUAAUUCCGUUUGUAUUAGCAUGUAUUCAAAAGUUUGGUGACGGAGUUUUCCUCAAGGCAACAUUUACUAAUUAAUGACUAUGACUGUGUCAAAAAGUAUUAGAAAGCACAAUAGAGAAGCAUUUUUUGUGGGGAUGCUCUGUUUAGUGUAACUGUGCCAUGGAUUGCUAUAAUACUGUAUACCAGCACUUAUGUGAAAGGUGGCAGUCCAGAGUUUUUACAUUUUGGACCUGUUCAUCCAAUUUCAAUUAGCUAGCACUUCUUGCAACUAUACCAAGCUGUAGAUUCCAAAUUGCCCAAUUAUAAUAUGAUUUAUGAAAUUCUGUGUAUGGGGCAUGUAAUUAACUUUGUGGUUAGAUUACCAGAGGGGGAGAUGCAUGAGUGUGGUCAAUACCAUGUUCACUAUGCUCCUGAUUUUGCUCUUAAUAAUGGUUCACGACCAACUGAACUUUCCUUGCUCCUCUAACGGUAAUAGGAAAUAGUAGGUUGUGCAUGGACACAGACAUCAUAUUCUAGUACCAAAUAAAGCCUUGUGCUGUGGGAGAUGGGAAUUUGUGGCACAGUUCUGUCCUACAGCGCUUGACAGUAAGAGGGCUGAUUUGGUGAAUACAUAUCUUUCACUAAACGAGAAAGAAAUUCAAUUUGGACCCAAUGCCUUCUGGUUUAUGCUAUGAAUGUGAUUCUUGUUAGUUUUAUGUUUGUGUUCUGGUUUUUUUGACUUCUUGUUAAUGUACUUUUUCUACUGUGAAUUAUCAAGAACCAUCUUACAACAAUGCCAUAGAUUGGGGGGUUGGGGACAUACCAUACAGCAUGCCUCCAUUGUUUCCGAUUGGAUUCUCUUCGAUAGGGGGCGGCGCGCUCUGUUGGGACAAUCCCAUGUGCCAUAAAACGUUAAACUCUGAAGUGAAAAUCUGGCUUGGGGUGAGCGGUACUCAGGGAAGUCUGAUUCUUUAGGGUUAGAAGGGAUGGGACAUGACUGAAGUACCUGUUGGGAGAGGAUGGCAAAAAAGCCAAUCUCUGCCUUUAGCAAGGGUAAUCAAGGUAGUGCUGCUGAACCUUUUGCAAGUCUGUUGGGAGAAAGUUAAAAGAAAAACAACUCCCCCCUGGUUGCUCAUGAACACUGGCUGAAUGUUUACUGCCCUCUGAUGGACAAAUGUAGUAGUACAACAGCGGGAAGGCAGAGUGAAGCCAGUCCUCCCACCCAUAGUGCCUUGUGCAGAUUUCUCAAGCGUCCUCCCAACCAGACCCUCUCAACUCAAACCGAUUGUCUCCAAAGUCGCUCAUGGACUUGGGCAGACACUUGACUGGAGUUUUAACCACGCCACAUUGUGCAUCCUCAAAAGUGCAUCUUUCAAAGACAAGCUGAGAGAUUUCGUAACAUGAUAGUUGUAGAUAAAAUGCAAACAUGACACACACACACACACACACAAAUAUAUCACAUCUUCCUGCUUGGCUCCAUGUUACUGUAUUGGUGUCUGUGAAUGAUGUUUUGUUCUUUUUUAAGCAGGAAACUUGUCUCUACUUGCCUAAGCUCUGGCUUGCUUUGUGUGCUUUGAACCCCUCAUGCGGGUAACAUGGCAUUAUAUAAUUGAACAUCGAUUGCAUGGCACUUUGGUAAUUGUACAUUUGUCCCAAAUGCACACACUGCAGAAGGCUUAAACGGGUGUUUAAUUCAAGCAAGGUGAUUCUUGUAAUCUUGUCUUUUCACAAAUGAAACAGCCUCCCACUGUACCUCGUAACAGUAAUCGCCCCCUAAAACAAAAGCACUUAAUUUUGGCAAAUUUUAUUUAGUCUUGAACUCUAAAGUGGUUUAACAGAGCAAGCUAGCAAUGCAGCACAGGUUGAGAACAAGGCAUUGUAUGUCAUUUUAUUUGUUUUAAAGAAAAAAAUAUUACAUCUAGAGAUGUUGAUUUCUAUUUUUAUUUUUUAGCCAAAAUAGGGACGGCAAAUACAAUUACCUUUUUUUCUGACUGUAAACUUUUACUAUUCUUGUACAUUAUGGAAUUAACAUUGUUAUCAAUGUAUAUAACUUUUUUUAAUAAAAUUAAAUGUUUGAUGGCUAUCGCUCCUGAAACUACCCCACUAUCUGAUCGAGGUUUCAGUUCACUUUUUUGGUGAGAAGCAGCACAGGUGAUGAUGAUGAUGGUGGUGAUGAUAAUGAUGACAGGGCUUGCAAUGUCUGCCUUUUAGGCUUGUUAAUUCAAUCUGACUGCACCUUUUCAUCAAGGGUAACCCCAAACCCUCGCCCUUUAGUAAAAUUUUCACAUCCACUCUCUCAGUAUUUACUAUCACUUCUGUGACCUACUGGGAUGUCAAACGAAAUUCUAUUUGACCACCUUAGACCAAAGUGAUGAGUCCCUUUUUUAGAUUUGUUUUCCAAAACUGAAAAAAAAAAAAAAAAAAAACUGGAAAAGAAAGACCACUGCACAUUCCUUCUGGAAGUGACUAAACAAGUGUAAUAAGCUACGGGGUAACAAGCCACGUUUAUAUAUCUUUAAUCUAUAUAAAUUUCCCAACAUUAUGAGGAUCUGAAGCUGAUCACCCUGUGAUUGCGAUAGCACAUGGUUCAGGGCAUGAAGGAGGUGUGAAUCACCAUGUGUGUGACUUGCAGGACACCCCUUGUGUGUUAAUGAACACACCACAGAAACUGAUCAUGUCCAAAUCACACCGACAUCAUGGGCAUAUAUUAUGAAAUGCCAUUUCUUUGCUGAAACCUGUCACGUAUGUUUUUUUUGUUUUUUGUUUAUUUCCCCUUUGUUUCGUUUUUAAAUGUGUAGUCCAUGUUUAAAGUUUGACGUGUGUUGGAAGGCAGGUGGUUGAAAAAUUAUUAUUUUCUAUGUUGAAAAGUGAAGGGAGCCGGUAGUUAUGCCCUUUUUUCUUAGCAGCCUGCACCUACUCAUACAUACUCGCCGCUCUCCAGCUCAAACACAUCUUUUUAAAGAGGAAACACAAAAAAAACAGGAUUUCUAUCCUUCCGAACUCUGUGUUCUUCAAAAUGCUGCUGCUCUUCUCUGCACACACAGUGCUGAAAGUUGUGUGUCGUAUUGGUAAAAGACCUCUCUCUGUUCUUGUCUCAUGUAUUGUGUAGGUGACACAGAUGUAUGAUCAAAUACAUUGUGUACACAUUGUUUGUUGACAUGGAUUCAUAUGCAGCCACAGGCUUAGUGUAUGAGUUCAUGGUUAACCCACUGACGGCUACAAAGAUGCAUCGUCACACUGGAUCCAAAUGGGCCACUCUAUAUGAGAUAUGAAAUUCAAGUCUGUCAGUAUAUGUUGACACACACUUACACGUACACACACAUUCUCAGUAUGUUUUUUACACAGAUGCACAUUCUCUCUCUCUCUCUCUCAUGCACACACACACACACACACAAAUCUACAUUUAUUAUCUCACACAGACCACUCACACAGAAUCUAAAUGUGCCAUGAUUAGAUAACGCUUGACAAUUUAUUUUUUCUAUGUUUUCAAGAAGAGCCAAGCAGUGACAUGUACAGAUAAUGUUGAAAUGAUAUGAAAAUAAAUCUUGCUGUGUGUAAAUUAUUCAACAAUUAACUGUUUAUAUUAAAAUUAUGAAUAAAAUGA